AUGUCAAGCGACUAUGCCUAUCUUGAGGUGGAUCAACUCGGUGCCAUUGGUAAGCAAUCUAAUCCUUUCACCAUCUCUAGAAGCCAAGCUAAGGUGUUCCCGGCGUCGCUUUGCUUACGCCCGUGGAGCUUGGUCCGCACAAGAGUUGCAAAGCACCUGGAGUAUCGGUCGAGAUGUUCACGAUGCGAAUGGUGUCAUUGAGACCAAGAUUGCGUACUCGGAUCCGGAGCAGCAGCUGCCGAUUCUGGAAGGACUGUUCUCCAACCGAUGGGCUGAGAAGCGUCGAACUGAGGUGGCGACGCCGCAUGGAGCUUGA